GACUUGCCUCCUGGAAAGAAGGCAAUCACUUCCAAGAUGAUCUACAGGCACAAGUAUGGACCUGAAGGGGAGCUGACCCGCUACAAGUCUAGGCUUGUGGCACGGGGGUUUCAGCAGACAAAGGGGAAGGACUAUGAUGAGGUGUUUGCUCCUGUGGGGAAAGGAACAACACUGAGGGUGCUGUUAGCGAUAGCUGCACUCCUGGGAUGGAAGAUACGGCAGAUGGACAUUGUGACAAUGAGUCCGCUGUGAAGCUCGCCAAGAAUGCUUGUCUGCAUGGGCUGACAAAACACAUAAGGCCUAAGUGGCAUUGGGUGAGGAGACUCCUUGAUAAGGAGGUGCGGCUGGAGAUAGUGAAGACCCAUCAGCAGGCAGCAGAUAUUUUCACCAAGCGUCUGGCGGAGGCGGAUCAUUGGAAGGGCAUGAAGCUUGCUGGGAUGAGUGUGCAUUGAGUAUGCAUGCUUGAGAUGUGGUAUGGUCGAUGAUGGUUGGCAGCCAGAGGGGGAGAUUGUUGUGUGAUGUCAU